AUGGAUCCUGUCAUGACCAGCAGCAGCAGGAGGAGGAGGAGAGGAGGCUACGGCUGCAAGGAGAGCUGCCAUGGCCACUGCCUACCUCCUCAAUCCGCCAAAUGCCUCUGCCUCUACCUGCUGCUCUCGCUGAUCCUCCUCGUCCUCGUCGCGGCCGUGCUGCUCGUCGUCUUCGUCACGAGGCUCAAGAAGCCGACCUUCUACCUGCAGUCCGUCCAGAUGGACAGAUCGUUCAGCCUCCGGCCGUCGUCGUCCAACCGCAGCGGCGACAACGCGUCGUCGUGCUCGGUGGCGUCGCUGCUGUUCGCGGCGCAGAACCCGAACGGGAUCGGGAUAAGGUACAGCGCGGCGGACCUCGGCGUGGCCUACGCGAACGAGUCGAUCGGCGCCAUGGACGUGCCGGUGUUCUACCAGCCGCCGCGGAGCAGCAACGUGACGGUGCUCAUGCACGCCGUGUUCGAGGAGUCCAACGUCAGCCGGCUCGUCGUCAGCGAGCUGUCGGCGCAGAGGAAGCUCGUCGAGAUCAGGAUCGCCGGGAGCAUCGACGCCACCACGCACAUCAUGAACUUCCCUCUGCCAAAGCUUCAGUUUACUCUCGAUUGCAGGAUAGCAACUAACUACACCGACAUAGUGCUCCGGGAAGGGAUUGAGUCUGCAGCUAUACGCAAGGCAAUCCAAGUAUCUGCACUGCCCCACAUCUCACAGAAGUGCUCUAUAAAGCUUGCCACGAGGUCGAGAGGGAAGAGGACAAGGCUUGCAGAUUUAGGAUGCUGAUUUCAUAGAAUUUAACCCCUUUUUUUUCGAACUACUCCCUCCGUCUCAUAAUAUAAGAACGUUCUUGACACUACACUAGUGUAAAAAAAUGUUCUUAUAUUAU